UCGAACGGCGUCUAUUCGUACAGAGAGACACGUGUUGUGGUUCUUUUCUCUGGAGUAUUUAGCAAAUAGUGUGGUUUAUGAUAAACGACUCUGAUUUUUUAAUUCGACAAGAUAAUGGCAAAAUUAAAAAAAACUCUGCAGGACAUACAAACGCCUGCCGUACAAAGUACGAAAACAUCCAUCGUGAAGAAACAAAGAAAUCGAAGGAAAAAGAAAGCUAAUAUAGAAUCAUUGAAUAAUAUAGAUAAAAAUAAUUUAAACAAACUAAGUGUAUCUAAUGAGAUAGCAAAGGAUAUAUUUACAGAUACGCAAAAUAAUAAAAGAAAAAGAUCGCGUGGUUCUAAGAAUAAACUUAAUGCAAAAUAUACAAAAAAUUUUGAUGGUCCAACAAAAUAUCCAAAGGAUAAUAAAAAUAACUUAAAGAAACUAAAUACAUUUAAUGCAAUAGCAAAGGAUACAUUUACAAAUAUGCAAAAUAAUAAAAGGAAAAAGUCAUAUGAUUCUAAAAAUGAACUUGAUGCAAAAUAUACAGAAAAUUCAGAUUCUCUAACAAAAUAUUCAAAGAAUAAUAAAAAUAAUAUAAAGAAACUAAGUAUCUCUAAUGAAAUAACAAAGGAUAUAUUUACAAAUAUGCAAAAAAGUAAAAAGAAAAAACUACGUGAUUUAAAAAAAAAUAAACUUGAUGCAAAAUAUAUAGAAAACGCAAAUGCUCCAACAAACUAUCCAAAGGAUGAUAAGAAAACAAUAUCAAAAGUACAAAAUAACUCAAAUAUUAAAAUAAAAUGUGAAAAAAAUAAAAAACGAAAACAGGACAUGAAUCUUAAUCCUACAAAUAAGAAUGAUGUAAGAAUCAAUGAAGACGAUGAAGAUGAUUCUUCAGAAGAUAAUGGAAGCAAAAGCAUUAAAAAAAAAGAAGAAAAGCUUAAAAAAUUACAAAUGGAGGUAAAAGAUCUUAAGUUUAUGAUGAGCAAAUUAAUUGAAGGGAACAAUGAAGAGAAUAUGAAACAGAUGUCGACUAAAGUAGAAACACAGCAGAUACAAUCUGAUAUAUUAAAGCUGAACAAACAUAAAAUAAAUAUCAAAUAUUUAAAAAAAAUGCUCGAAAAUAAAUUGCAAGUAACGAAAGUUACACAAUCUACUCUAAGAGAUAAAAAACUUACUCUGAGAGAUAGAAUGCAAAUGCAGUUAAAAGCAUCCAGAUUCAGGUUUAUAAAUGAGACAUUGUACAAUAAUGACAGUUCACAAUCUAAACAUUAUUUUCAAAAAGAACCUGAUAGUUUUAUGGCUUAUCACGCAGGAUAUAAACAGCAAAUUGAACAAUGGCCGAUAAAUCCACUGGAUGUUAUAAUAUCAUCAAUUAAAAAAUUGCCAACAGACAAUGCAAUCGCUGAUUUUGGAUGUGGUGAAGCCCGGCUCGCAGCUUCUGUUCCUCAUACAGUACAUUCGUUUGAUUUCAUUGCUCUAAAUGACAAAGUGAAAGCUUGUGAUAUGAUUCAUACUCCAUUAUUAAUGAACAGCGUCCACGUUGUUGUCUUUUGUCUCUCCUUAAUGGGAUCUAAUCUUAAUGAUUAUAUAAUAGAAGCUAACAGGGUUCUUAAAAACAAUGGGAUCUUGAAAAUAGCCGAAGUCGAAAGCAGAUUCGAGGAUGUAAAAGAUUUUAUAAGAUUACUACGCCAUUAUGGUUUUAAAAAUACAUGGAAAGACUUAUCUCAUAACCUGUUUUAUUUUAUGGAUUUUAAGAAAGACGAAGAUAUAAGCAUGAAAAGAAAAAAUCUUCCUCCAAUUACAUUGAAAUCAUGUGCAUAUAAGAAGCGAUAA